CAUUGGUUGACUGCGACUACGUCAGGGCGCACUUAUUUGAAUGACGGAAGAGGCGUAAAGUGUAUAAACAAGUAGUAACCGUAGUGAAACCAACUAAUGCUUUGCAGUAUCUGAAAAGUGGACAGCCGUUAAUGAAAACACCAAUAAUUGGAAGGUGAAAUGAUGGAACAGCAGGAGCAGUUAGAAUGGGAGGAUGUGAAUAAACAUCUGCAGCAUCAUGGUUUUAAGCCGGUGUGUUUUGCAGAUCCUGUGGAGAAUAAGAACCUUUCAGAUUUGGUUCUGCUGGACAAGAAGUCAGCCGGUGCGAUCAGGACAACCCUGAGGACGAUGCUCACGGACUCGGAGAGAAGACAGGCCCUCAUCCAGGAGCUCAUAAAGUCCAACAACCAGCUCAAAGAGGAGGCUCAUGAGCACAUGAGUCGAGCUGCUCAGCGCUCUCAGAGGGCCACAGAGCUGGAGGGUUUACUGGACGCAGUGAAGACCAGAGUCCAGGACCUGGAGGACCGUUGCCUCGGCAAGGCUGUCCAGCAGCACAGCCACACACGACAACUGCAGCAGGAAAAACAGGAAGCACAGAAAAUGUGUCAGGUUCUGGAGCAGAAGCUGUCUAAACAAAGGGAGGAAACAGCUCAGCUUCAGAGGAAACUCCAUUUCACCGUCAAAGAAGAAGAGCGACGACUCGCUCGACAAAGUCAGAGAUUCCAGGACGUCUGCAGCAAAGUCUGCCAGCAGAACUGCCCCGCAGACCAGCAAGUGUUGGACGUUAUUGACUUCUAUGAGACUAAAAUGACUCAGCUGCUGGGUGAGCUCAGACCCGCCAAAGGAGAACCAGGAAGACCUCAAGAUGCUCAUCAGACGAGAAUCAAGAAGACAUCCAGCAAUGUUACUCCAUCUUUCAAAACCAUUCUCAAGGCCUUCCAAGACCAGCAAAAGGGAAGCAAAAUUCAAAUAGAAGAGCUAAAGAAGGAAGUGCAGCAGCUAAAGCAAGAAUUGGACACGAGGCCGACACUCAAAGAAGUGAAGUUCUACAAACACAAGCUGCGCCGUUUGGAGGGAUCGAACAAACACAAUGGUAACGCAAGAUUGCCUAAAGACGACAACGGAACUGAAAUCGGCGAAAACGUUGGCGAUGAAACCAGGGAAGCCAUCCUGUGCGCCCACUAUCGCCAUCUGUUGAAUGAGAUCAGUACUGUUGUGACCAAUCCCAGUGCUCCGUUUCAACUGCACAGACAGAAACCCUCCUGUGUUGGUUUGGAGCUGGCUGACUUUCAGACCCUCCUCCCAACGUUGGAGGUCUGGGCCCAGCAGCUUCACCUACUGAAGGAUCUGCAAAGGGGUUUAAACAAGCUUACUGCCAGACUGAUACCAUGGCAGCCAUCUGAUGAUGACCAUAGUGCUGCAGAAGCAGUGAAGGUGGAGUCCAUGAUGUUGCUGGUGGACACCAUGCUGGAAAACACAUCGACUGACAAUGAAAAGGUGCUCAGGAGUCCCACUCGAUACACUCUGGGCUCCAUGGUGUCUCACUUCCAGAAGCUGUUUGAUGUGACCUCUCUGAACGGAGUGUACCCACGUAUGAACGAGGUCUACACUAGACUGGGAGAGACGACCAACACCAUGAGAAACCUCCGAGAUGUUCUGCGGCUAGACAGCAGGGUUCCUCCUGUUGAGGUGGUGAACCAGGUGGCCAGACUGGUUUCCUCUACUGAACACAUCCCAGCUUUCCACGAUCUGCUGGGAGACGCCGACAUUGACAGUAUCAUAAUCAAAGUGAAGCAGCAUGAAGAAUUCUUCCCUGCUUUCCAUGCCCUCAUUGUGGAUAUUUUACACACUCUAGGAGUGAGUCACCUGGACGACAUCAUACCGGCUCUGAAGUCUUUGAAACAAACUGCGCGGUGACACAGGGCUUCGACUGAAAUGAGCGCUUUGUUUUGUUCAGUGUCACGAUUAUAGAGUGAUUUUUGCUUUUAAUAAUAAUAAUAAAAAAAAAGCAUCAAUAUGCUCCUAACUUUGAACAGACAACAGAGACGGGAGCAUAUUUGAAAAUAAAGCUUUUUAU